GUGCACAACUUCCUGGCGUUGUGCGACCUGCAGGCGCAUGCGCACUCUUAAUCUUUCUUACAACCAGCUGCAGCAUCUGCAUCAGGCCGGCGUCAUGUGCCGCAACUCACCGUUCGAUGUCAGCAACAACAACCUCUCCACCCUGCUGGACUGGGCACCUGAAAGCUUCCCCCACCUGCUGCGACUGUACGCCGUCCACAACGCCAUCCCCGCCCUGGAGGUGCACGUCUGUGAUGAGUUGUCGAAACUGAUGUUUCUGGAUCUGACCUACAACGCGCUCCGGGACGUCAGCAGCCUGAACGUAGCCAACUGCUCCAACCUCAGGGUACUGAGACUGGGUGGCAACUUGAUAGGCCAGCUACCUGCUCGGGUGUUAAACAACAUGCAUAUGCUCCAACAGUUGUCGCUGUUCAGCAUGGGUCUUGACGACAACGUCUGGGACAGAAUUUCCGUCCUGACCUACCUGGAUGAGCUGGAGCUUCAAGACAACUCUCUCAUCACCAUCCCACCGGGGGUCAUGCAGGAGUUUACCAACCUCCAGUACCUCAAUCUGUCUUCUAACCGGAUUCGCAUUCUGCCCAAAAAAGUCUUCAUAUGGCAGUACAAACUGACGUCACUCGAUCUGUCCUCCAACGGCAUGACUGAGCUCCCUCGCCAAGCGUUCAGCAGCAACCUCCACAGCCUGCAGGUGCUGAACCUGGCCAACAACAGCCUGUCCUACAUCGAGCAGACGACGUUCUCCGGUCUCAGGGCUCUGAAGUGGCUGAACUGUAGCCAUAACCACCUCAAGAGCGUGCCUGACGAGGCCUUCUCUGGCUUGUCGCAGCUGCAGGUGUUGGACUUCAGCCGUAACCAGGUGCGCUCCCUCAGUGUCGAGGCCUUUGGUCACGUGACUGCUCAAUGUCAAUGUGAUCAGUCGUCCGGUUAAAUCGUUAGUGGAAAGCGUACAAAGACGUGAUAUUAAAGUGCUAGUAAAACGAAGGAAUAUGAAAGAACUCAAGACUCCACUUUCUGAAAGAAAGGAGAAUCAGAGAAGACCUUAUUAAGAUAUUUAUAAAAUAUUUCACGAAUACGACGACAUAUAUUGGUAUGCAUGCAUUGUUGUCCUUACCGCAAACUAACAUUAAUAAAAAUUCA